CUCAGGAGGCACUGGGAACUACAUUUCCCGGUGAGGGAGCGGCUCCGGCCGGCCGCGCGGUACUGGAGCGUCGACUGUCACCAGCCGGACAGGGUUUGAGAGGCAGGCUGGGAAGCGGGUGUUUUUUCCUUCCCUGUUUUCCGCGUUCUCAGGACGCCAGCUCUCCUUCCCCUCGCUCCGCCGUCAGGUGCCCACCGGUAAAGUUGAGGCCUCGAGGUUCGGAGGGAGCGGCUGCUGCCCAGCACGAGAGUGUGGGGCGCGCCCCUUCGGCCCAGCCAACCCUGCGCCCGGCCUGCGCCUCCAUGGGCCCGACCCGGAAGCCCAACGUGUGCCACCGGCUGAGUCGUAGGGCGCUGGGCAGCUUUUCGCGCGACGCAGGCGUGGUGCAGAGGACGAACCUAAGCAUUCUGCGGGCGCUGGUGUGCCAGGAAAGUACUAAAUUUAAAAAUGUUUGGACAACUCAUUCCAAGUCACCUAUAGCCUAUGAGAGAGGAAGGAUAUAUUUUGACAAUUAUCGGUGCUGUAUCAGCAGUGUUGCAUCAGAGCCAAGAAAACUUUAUGAAAUGCCAAAAUGUUCCAAAUCAGAAAAAAUAGAGGAUGCUUUAUUGUGGGAAUGCCCAGUGGGGGAAGUACUUCCCAAUCGGUCUGAUUAUAAGUCCUCACUCAUAGCACUGACUGCUCAUAAUUGGCUACUUCGUAUAUCAGCAACUACAGGAAAAGUCCUUGAGAAAAUAUAUCUUGCUUCUUAUUGCAAAUUCAGAUACCUGAGCUGGGACACUCCUCAAGAAGUCAUUGCAGUCAAAUCAGCUCAGAACAAAGGCUCCGCAGCGGCCCGGCAGGCAGGCAUUCAACAACCUGUUCUGCUGUAUCUUGCAGUGUUUCGAGUUCUGCCUUUUUCGCUUGUAGGGAUUCUAGAGAUCAACAAAAAGAUUUUCGGAAAUGUUACAGAUGCUACCUUGUCUCAUGGAAUACUGAUUGUGAUGUACAGCUCGGGACUGGUCAGACUGUACAGUUUCCAAACCAUCACUGAACAGUUCAUGCAACAGAAACUUGACUUAGGGUGUGCAUGCAGAUGGGGUGGGACUACUGGAACUGUAGGAGAGGCUCCUUUUGGCAUUCCUUGUAAUAUUAAAAUCACAGACCCGCCACCACUGCUCUUUGAGGUGUCAUCCCUGGAGAAUGCUUUUCAGAUUGGAGGCCAUCCUUGGCACUACAUCAUCACACCUAAUAAGAAGAAACAAAAAGGGGUUUUCCAUAUUUGUGCCCUAAAAGACAACUCUUUGGCAAAAAACGGGAUCCAAGAAAUGGAGUGUUGUUCUCUAGAAUCUGACUGGAUCUAUUUCCAUCCUGAUGCUUCUGGUAGAAUAAUACAUGUUGGCCCAAAUCAAGUCAAAGUUUUAAAGCUAACUGAAAUAGAAAGUAAUAGUUUUCAGCAUCAGAUCUCUGAAGAUUUUGUCAUUUUGGCCAACAGGGAGAACAAAAAUGAAAACUUAUUCACUGUUACAGCUUCUGGACGGGUGGUAAAAAAAAGUCUUCACCUUCUGGAUGAUGACCCAGAACAAGAGACUUUCAAAAUUGUGGACUAUGAAGAUGAGUUGGAUUUGCUUUCCGUGGUAGCUGUUACUCAGAUAGAUGCUGAAGGCAAAGCUCACUUGGAUUUCCACUGUAAUGAAUAUGGAACCUUACUUAAAAGCAUUCCACUAGUGGAGUCAUGGGAUGUGACAUACAGCCAUGAAGUCUACUUUGACAGAGACUUGGUGCUACACAUAGAACAGAAACCAAACAGGGUCUUCAGCUGCUAUGUUUACCAGAUGGUAUGUGACACUGGGGAAGAAGAAGAAACCAUAAACAGAAGUUAUUAAAAAGAGUGAGAUAAUGUUAACUUAAGAGACUUUUAGCCAAACCCUGUCUCCAAUCCUCCUCUGUACUAUCUGCAUGGUAUAGUCUCCAGUAUUUUCCAGAAAGGUCUUGUAUUGACUUCAGACUUUUUAAACUCUUGCUGUAGAAGGUUGUGAGGACUUUAUUAUAUGUAAUGACUUUUUAGAAUGCUGUCCCAAGAAGUCUACUUUCAGCUAGGUGGUAAUGUAAAUAUAAAAUGCUGGGGAACAGAAAAGGACAGGUUAAUUUCAGUUGUUGAGGAGAGGGUCAUUGAUGGGAAGGUAUUUAACAUAGUUCUUACAGGAUGGUAUGGAAUUUUAAUUGGUAAGGCUAGGAGAGAGACAAAAAUAAAGAUACUAAAGAUACAGAAAGAAAUCCUAUAUCCUCUAUACCAAACUUUGCUUAAGGAUGAGACAUGAGAUGUGUAAUGUGAAAGCAUACUUUUGAGCCAAAAACAUGUAAUCACAGUUUUAUAAAAAAAAAAUCUUAUAUAUCUGUUUUGUAUUUGUAUGUAGUAUCAGGAACUGGUUCUAGUUCCCAAACUAUCCUUUCUUCCAUGGUCUUAUUCUCUUGGCUUGAUGUUCCCAUUGAAUAUUUGUGUUUCACUUAUAGACUAAUAUAAAAGAUUCCAAGCAAACCUUAAAUGAAACUUUUUGUGAUAUGUAUCCUGCUUAGCUCUUAAUAUAUCUAAAGAUGUUCUCAUUUCACCAUUCAAUUCAUUAAGUCAAUCUUCCAAUUUUUUUAGGUAAUGUUUGCAUACCUAUGCAGUAAGAUAAAGGUACCCUCGCCUACACCAGUUCUACUCUCUGAGGAAGAGUAGAUAAAGUCCCAGGAGGAGUUCUUAACUAGCUUGGGAGUUAUCUGAUUAGCCAGAAAGAAAUUUUGGCUAUCUUAGUUAUGAAAUGAAUAUUUUUUUCCUUUUUUGUUAGAAAAGAUGUAAAUAUGAUCUUUGAACUUUUCAAUAAUCAUUCUUCAGAAUGUUAAAUAAAGGCCACCUAAGUAAAGGGAGAAAGUGUUUGUGCUUCCUUUUGAGAAAUGCAGUUGCUUGCAAUCAGUGCACAUGUUCAGCACAUUUCUCUGAUUCAACUUCAAAAGAAUAACUAGUGAAAAAAAAAGAAAGGAAACAGCAGUAAAAAUCAUUGCUGAUUCAAGUUUAAGGUUAAAAUAUGGAAUUUUAGCUUUGAUGAUUUACAUAAAAAUCCUUCAGUUUUUCCUUCAGUUUUGGCUUGAUGUCAUGUUAAGAAUGAUGUGAAUUCUGGCCUUGAAAAUUUGCAAAUAAAUUUCACAUUUGAGGUAUUAGUUAUUCCAGAAGUCAAGGAAUUAGUAGCAGGAUCUGUAAAUUUAAAAGAAAUAAAGGGAACAAACCUGAAACUGUUUUGUGCAACAGAAAAGAUUGCUAACAUUUUAGAAUAAGAGAAAAUAUUUUUAUAUGGGCUAAAAAUAAUCUUUCUGAAUUUGAUCCUGUGUAUAAUAACCAUCUGGGAAAGUAGAAGUGAUUACUUUGUGAGCAAGACGAAAAAAUUAUCUUCCUAUACUAAAUUCUAAUACUUUUACAUUUACUAAUUGAAAAAUCCAUCCUCAUUUAUGCAUAUUUAAUAGUGCUAUUUAAUAUAAUAUCUGAGGCCUUCAGAGCAUUUUAGAGAUAUGAUUACAGAGCAGUUAAAUAGUUGCAGUGUGCUAGCUAUUGCCCCAAACUUUCAAUUAGACACUAGCUAUAUCUAAACAGUCCUGCCCAGUAAAUUUACAUCUUUAAAAAAACAAGAUCAGUAAGAGUAGAGUGAAAAUACCAGAGAAAAGAAAGAAACCAAUGUUGUGUGAGUUUCAAAGCAGAUGCAGAGUUGUGUAAAAGCAGAAUGUUUACUCUCCAUUUCUAAGAGUGUUUCAGAAUAGGGUACCUUUAGACUGCAGUCCUGUCAGAGAUUUUUUUUUUUAAGCUGGAUAUUGAGUUUCUCCUUCUCCUUUAAGUCAUCUCCUUCUUUGGAUGAAAUGAUAGAAAUUCAUCUACUCAGAUAGGCAUUUGAGAAAUAUCUGAGCUUCUUGACUGCUUUUUUGGUGUUUAGAGUAGGGGUGGAAGUAUCUAAUCUAUAUAUGAACUGACCACUAAGAAACUCCCAAUUUGUUACCACUGCCAAACAUGGUCUAAAUGCCAUAUGGGCCAGGAAGGAAAGACAGUAGGGAGUUGUGGGCAGUGUAACAAACAAGAGAGCUAUGCACCCAACUAAAUGGAUAAACUGCUACAGCUUAGUUUCAGCCAAUGGUGACAAUAUGUGUGAAUGUGGGCUACAUGAUUGUUAAUAAGAUGGUUGAUAAAAAGAUACCAAAAGAUGUGGAAGACAGCAAAGAAUGUGGGAAAUUUGAAUACCACACAUGGCAGGAGACAAUGCAACAUGCUUUCCCAAAAGGUAUGGCCUUCCCAGCUCCCCACAGUGUUGUCACACAGCUGCUCAUUCUGCCACCUGCCAGACAUUCUUGCCAUUCUCUUAGGGAUGGAGGGGAGUGGUGCUUAAUAUCCUCCUGCCUACCUUAAACCCCCUCUUCACCUGACUGUUUUAGAGACUCUACCUAUAUGCCCACAUACUUGACAGGUACUAGUGACAGGUACGAAACAUUUCUGAGUGUUUAACCCCAGGUGAAGCAGGGUAUGUUUUCUCAGCAAGUACAGGCAUUAAGCUGAAAAGAAGUGCAUUUCUGCAUUGCACUCCUUAAUCUCAGUUUCUGUGUUCUCACAGUAUCAGUGCAGGAAGCUUACUGUUCUUUGACUUUCUAUAAUAUUUCUCACAACUCUGGGAGAAAACAAAACAAAUCAUCACAUUUCCUAUUUGAACUGCCUAGUAAGGAGAUGAUAUUGUUUUGUUUAAGCAAAUUAAGACAUUCCGCAUUCUUCUACUAAUUGAAUGUUUUUUGUCUUAUACACACUUCUUUUUUUAAUAAUUUAUAUUUAUUGAUUACUUUCUAUGUAUCAGCCACUGUAAUACAGUACAUGUAAAAUGGGUCAUCUCAUUUAAUAUUCACAAUAACCAAGUGAGGUAUGAACUACCAUUAUUUUUCUCCUUGGUACACAUGAGGAAAGUGAGACUUACAGAAAUUAAUUUGCCUAAGGUCCCACAGCUAAUAAGUGCAGAGAUGGGAAACAUCCAGAUUUGUUUGACACAAAUUUAUGCCAAAUUUCCUCCAAACUUCUCAAAAGGCAGUGGAUAUUAUUUUUUCCCAUAUAUAACAUACUGACAAUUAUAAUAUUGAGUACAUAGGAAAGUCCUUAAUAAGUGUUUUUUUAAAUGAUGAUUGAAUAUCCAAAUUUUGGGCAAAGUUUGGAUAAUUCACAAUUCACACAUGACAGAAAAGAUGGUUCUUCAUUCAGCGGUUAGAAGUUGUAAAAAAAAUGAUACUUUUCAUUUUGUUUGUGGUAAUAAUAAAUACAAGUAUUAGUAAUUAUUCUUAACGUAAUUCAGCUUCCUGUUCAAUAAUUUUUAUAUUCUCUUUCUUACCAUGUUUACAUAUAUCAUUUACCUUUUAGAACCCCAGGGAAGAUUCAGGGGCUAAUUUCUGGUACCUGUUUUGCUAUUGAAUCUCUAUUUUACAGAAAGAAUAGAGCUGGGCAUGGUGGCUCAUGCCUGUAAUUCUAGCAUUUUGGGAGGCCAAG